CGCUUGGGGGUCGUGGUCCCUUUAAGCUGCCCGGCGCGGAGGCGGGGCCGAGCCUCGCGGGCCGGAAGUUGGGUGCGUGCGUCACUUCCUCCCGGAAGCGGGUCUGGGCGGAUGUCUACGGCGCGUCCGUGUGCGGGGCUGAGGGCCGCAGUGGCGGCCGGCAUGGGGCUGAGCGAUGGGCCAGCGGGCUCUGGCCGCAGCUGCCGCCUUCUACGCCCUCCCGCGCCCGCUCCGGCGGUACCGGGGGCCCGGCUGCUGCGGCUUCCGGAGAGUGGGGCCGUGCGGGCCGCAAGCCCCGAGCGCUCCGGUUGGACCGAGGCGCUGCGGGCCGCCGUGGCCGAGCUGCGCGCCGGCGCCGUGGUUGCGGUCCCAACUGACACGCUGUAUGGCCUGGCCUGCUCGGCGAGCUGCUCGGCGGCCCUGAGCUGCGUGUAUAGCCUCAAGGGCCGCAAUCAGGCUAAGCCGCUGGCUGUGUGCCUGGGCCGCGUGGCCGACGUCUACAGGUACUGUCAGGUGAGAGUACCCAAAGAGCUCCUGGAAGACCUGUUGCCAGGACCAGUGACCCUGGUGAUGGAACGCUCAGAGGAGCUCAACAAAGACAUGAAUCCCUUUACUCCUCUUGUUGGCAUCCGGAUUCCUGACCAUGCCUUUAUGCAGGACUUGGCCCAAAUGUUUGGGGGACCACUUGCACUCACCAGUGCCAACCUCAGCUCCCAGGCCAGUUCUUUGAGUGUUGAGGAGUUCCAAGACCUCUGGCCUCAUUUGUCCCUAGUCAUUGAUGGGGGACCAAUUGGGGAUAGUCAGAGUCCUGAGUGUCGCCUCGGUUCUACUGUGGUUGAUUUAUCUGUGCCUGGGAAGUUUGGCAUUAUUCGCCCAGGCUGUGCCCUGGAAAACACAACAGCCAUCCUCCAGCAGAAGUAUGGGCUUCUCCCUUCACAGGGCUCCUGUUCAUGAGACUUGGGAGGACCCAAGGACCACGCUGGAUACUAUGUGUCUGCCUCUGGUUAGCAAGGCCUCAUUGGCAGAGGCUUCUGGAGCUACAUCUGUGGCCUGGCUUUUUACAUAGCAUCCUUGUCUCUGAAUACCGUAGGCUGGAAGCUGCAGGGUGAGCCUUGUACCUGGGGGAAGGUUCUAUUUACUAUGUAGAUUCAUGUAUCAACCAAAAGUUGAGCAGAGGUAAGAACAUUCGUAGAGAGGGCUUAUUAUUUUAAGUGCCCCCAGAUUAAGUAAUGAGUACAGAAUUAGAAUGCCUUAAGAGCCACUUUCUGGUGGACAGUGGCAUUUAUGUCAAACCAGCUGGAAGCACUAGUGCAAUCUUGAAGUCUCAGGACCAACGCAGGAAAGUCUGAGAGCCCAGGCCAAAGCUUUCUGGGUAUCAGAGAGUGGUCAUUUUGGGUAAAUUAUCCUAGGGGCUCCCAAGUAAAAUAAAAUUGGAAAAUUAAAAUCUUGACUUUUCAGCCAGUGACUGUUCUUAUUUAUUGAUAUAGUUCUAUGUGUAAUUUAUUUAGCUUCAUUGUUUACUCAGAAGUUCUUUGUCUUUGUUCCUGUGUAUACCAAGUAUUUUACAUGAUUAUUUUGGGGUAUUUGAGCUGUAUUUUUCUUUGUUAUUAAAAUUGCUGCUGCAAAGUUCUGAUGGUUUAUUUUUCUUUUGAACUAUCUCCCCAGGGUAGGGUUUCUGUCAAGGUGUAUAUGUGCAUUAUGGCUGUUGGUGUAGAUUAGCCUUCAGAAGAUCUGAGUCAAGUUUCAUUGCGGAUGCCUGCCCCUUCCUAUAUCCAAAUUGUAUAUGCAUGAAAUGACCCCUGGUUA